AUGAAAAUUGCCAUCAUUGGUGCAGGCAUCUCCGGAUGCACCGCCUAUCUGCAGCUGAAGAAACACCUCCCUGGAUCCCACACAAUCACCAUCUACGAAUCUCACGAUACCAGCAAGGAUCGCAAAUUCGACGCGUCCAAGGGUAGCCAAGAGGAGGAUGCCACGCAUUCAUCUACUCUUAUUGUCGGCGGGGGUCUAGGUAUUGGACCUAAUGGCUUGCAUGUCCUCAAGCGUCUGGACGUGGAUCUCCUCCGCGACAUUGUCCGAGGUGGCUAUGUAGUUCCGCACGGAAAUCUGAAAAGCAAGCACGGACGUCUUCUCAUCCGUAUGGACAAUUCUGCUCCAGGUGCGGGAGAUGAGCCGCCGAUGCACAUGGUCGGCUGUAGUCGUGAAUGGCUAUGGCGGUGUCUGCGCGAGAGGAUCCCGGACGGGGAUAUAGUGACGAAGCGUGUGGAACGGGUCGUCGCCAGUUCUGAUGAUCGGAAUACCAUCUACUUUAAAGAUGGCAGCCCAGCUGUUGAAGCGGAUCUAGUUAUUGGUGCCGAUGGAAUCAAGAGUGUGGCUAAACGGGCUCUUUUCCCCGAGGCGGGGGAGGACCCGUUUCCUCCUCAUUAUGAAGGUGUCUGCGGUAUUGGUGGCUUCCUGCCGUCCAGCGAAGUCAAAGAUCUCGUGGAAAAAGGAUCGAUGAACUUCGUCUUCGGCGGCAAUGGCUUCUUUGGCUACUUCUUCAGCACCAGUUCUUCGACCGCUCCGCACCGGGACUCACCGCACCAUGUCUCUGAACCGGGUGAUCUUCUUGCCUGGUGGUCGACUUAUUCUGUCGAUGAAUGCCCCGAACCCAAAACACUGGACAUGGAUGAUGUCCUUCAGCAGCUGCAAAAGCGGCAUGAACACUGGGGAGACCCUGUCGUGCAGAAGGUUCUGAAGUCCGCGCGCGUGAAGAGCAUGUAUCCAACUUGGACAUCGCCGCAGCUGCCAACGUGGGAGCGAGACGGGGUAGUCUUGGUCGGGGAUGCGGCGCAUGCUCUUCCGUCGACUUCUGGCCAGGGAUCGUCCCAGGCACUGGAAGAUGUAGAGUCGUUCGCGAAAUUUCUGAGUUACUUCCUUGGCAAGGUGGAGGACAAUAGUGUCAAGGAGUGCAAGGACGCGGUUAAAUUAGCAGCAAAGCAGUACAUGGAUCUACGCCGGCCGCGGAUCCAGGCCAUCCUGGACGAUGCGAGAAAGAAGCAAAACAAAAAACGAGAUAUGGGAGUGAUCGAGGAGUAUCUAAUGUAUUCGAUAAUGCGGAUCAUGGGCUUCUUUCCGAGUGUGAUGAACAAUUCCACGCAGCAGGUCUUUUCAUACAAUAUUGCAGAGCACGUGGACCAAGUGCUCGCAGAGAUGGAUGCAUCUAGGCAUUGA